AUGAUUUUUAAAACUGAAAAUUCAUCAACACCACCAAAUGCUGAUUGGUCUCAAAGCAAAGGUUUUACCAACCCAGGUUCAUCAAUCCCUAUUUUAGAGGAUGAUUGUGAAUUAGACCACGAAAAUCUUGCUUUAUUGAAUAGUGGAGAACAUGUACAUGAACAGAUAUUUCAUCAAACUUCAGAAUUAAACGGUAUUGGAGUUGUUGCCCCUUCACCAGAGAUGAUGGUUAAUUUGAAUAAUCAACCUGGUUACCAAUACAACAACAAUAAUAAUAAUCUUGCUCAUGAUUUGUAUUUUACUGGACCAAUGCAAAUGCCUUCAACUCAACAUCCUUAUACAACAAAUGCCAAUAAUCGUUUAUCAUAUUCAAAUUCUUCAGAGGAAUUUUCUCCAGUUGGUGCAAACAACAUGUCACCUGAUUCUACAGGAAAUUCAUCUAACCUUGCUGGUAAUAAUAAUUAUAAUAAUAAUAAAAGAAAAGCCAGUAAUGAGUCUUUUUCACCAGUGUCUAGUCUGCAUCACCAUUAUGGCACAGAGACUGGUAAUAAUGGUAUAAGUAAGGCAAGCCACAGGUCAAGGAAAAAACUAUUGGAUGAGAAAGAUGCUGCUUUGAUUGCUCGAGAUGAUUCUGAAUUGACUGAAGAGGAAUUACAAUUGAAACGUAAGGCACAAAACCGAGCUGCUCAAAGAGCAUUCCGAGAACGUAAAGAAUCGAAAUUAAAAGAAUUAGAAGCAAAAUUAUUAGCUAGUGAAGAAGAACGACAAAAAUUACUUGAUGAAUUAGAAUCAAUUAAAAAACAAAACAUUUCCAUUGCCACUGAAAAUGAAAUAUUGAAACAUAACGGAAUAGGAAAUACUAAUAAUAAUAAUGAUAUUCAAAUUGGUAAUAAUAUUAUAGGUCAUGGUCGUUUACUAGUUGAUAAAUUUAAUUUUCCCAAGACUCAAAAAGAUUUUAUUCAACAUGUAUUACAAGGUACUAAUCAUCAAUUAAAAGAUGAAAAUAAAGAUAAAAUAUAUAAUGAUAAUCAAGGUCAUAAAUUACUAGCUCUUGGUGCCGUUUGGGAUUAUUUACAAAUUAAAGCUGAAGAAGCCGAUUUGGAUUUUAAUUCUAUUGAUUUUAAUGAUGUAAUGGAAAAAUUAAAAGGGAAUGAAAAAUGUCAUGGUUAUGGUCCAGCAUAUCCUCUUGAAUUAGUCAAUGAAGCAAUUGAAAGUAGUUUAAAUUGA